GAUUAGCCAUGGAAAUGUACCAAGUUCAAAACAGAAAUACGAUUAUGGUGCAUACUAUGAGGCAAUUCAUGACCAAAUUUUAGGUAUAUAAAACCUUUGUUGAGGGCUCUAGGGUUUAGUGAAUGUUGGUUUACCAUAAAGCAAUAGUGAUGGAGGAUUGUGAAAUAAUUGGAAUGAUAUUGGAGUUCAUUGGGGACGUUCUAUUCGGUUCUGAUGGCAACGAUGACGAUUACGACUCGUACGACUCUAAUAGCACUUAGUGCGACAGAAAUCAUUAUACAAAUGUCCCACAAUAAUAUCCUAUAAUGAAUAUUAUAACAUUAAUUAAAUUACUCCGAAUAAUGGUCAUUAACCUUCAACAUUCAUCUGCUAUAAAUACAAAAAUCUCGCCAGUAUCCAGAGUUAUAUAUCAUAAACCAUGGAUUGCUGCGAGCUUAUUGAAGUAUUUCUGGCUUUCCUCAACGAUUUAUUCUUCUCCGAUAUAACGGACGCGGAGUACUUUGGUGACUACUAUUACGACCAAAAUUGAAAUAAUCUGAAGAUCAUGAUGAAAGCAAACAAAUAAAUUUGAUAUGACCACUUAAAUGCUUUUC